GCCUGGCUACCGUACAUUUCCUUCUUUUAUUUUGAAAUGUUCCGUCCGUCAGUCCACCGGAAGUAGUUUCGUACUUUUGGUUAGUUGCAUACUCGUCCUUCUUAAAGUUGCUGGCUUCCUUACAUUUUAUGUUGCCAUAAUCGGGUUUAUAAUUUAAGGGAGGAUUUGAAAUGACGGCUGUGCUGAUGCUCAUAUACGGUGGUCUCUCAUUCCUUUCGGUCGGUGGUACACUCUCCAAAACAGAUGCCAAGAAGUCACUCAAAACUGAAAUCGCUGACACUUCAGCAGUGGAGAAGCCUGUGCAAGAGAGAGGAUUGGCGCUGUAUGACCCUGCAUGGAGAGACAUUGUGCGGGAGGAAAGGAGAUAUUGUCCACAGAGUUGUGCUCUCCGUCACUUCCAGGGGACAGUUCUGGCAUACGUCACACCGGAUAAUUCUGGUUCCAUUUCAAGAUACCAAUGUAAAUACAAGUGGAACUCACAUGGUUAUGACAUCGCCAAGGUUUUCAGCUCCAAGCUGACCUCAGUUUCACCUGUGUGGCUGCAGUUGAAGCGUAGAGGUCCAGAGAGCUUCCAAGUGACUGGCCUGCAUGACCAUGACCCAGGCUGGGUCAAAGCUGUGAAGAAGGGGAACAAGAAAAUUAGGAUAUUGCCCCGUCUGUUGUUUGAUGGCUGGUCAUAUCAGGAUUACAUACAUGUUCUGGACAGUGAAGAUGAAAUUGAAGAGCUGGGGAGAGAGCUGGUGGAUGUGGCCAAGGCUGAAGGCUUUGAUGGCUUUACAUUGGAGAUGUGGAGCCAGCUGGGAGGAAGCAAGAGGAAGGAACUCAUUCACCUGGUUACACACAUGUGUGAGGCUCUUCAGGCACAGAAACUCACCUGUAUGCUGGUCAUCCCUCCUGCUGUGUCACCUGGCUCCGGCCAGCCAGGGAUGUUUGGUAGGAAGGAGUUUGAGCAGUUAGCCCCUGUGGUGGAUGGAUUCAGCCUGAUGACCUACGACUUCUCCAGCCCUGGGAGGCCCGGCCCCUGCUCCCCAAUACCCUGGGUGCGAGAAUGCGUGCUCCAACUGGCCCCUCAGACUCAGUGGCGACAUAAGAUCCUGCUGGGACUCAACUUGUACGGAAUGGAUUUCUCCAGCCAGGGAGGGGCAGAGCCGCUGUUGGGGAACAGGUAUAUUGACUUACUGAGGGAGGUGAAGCCCAGGUUAUUCUGGGAUGAGCAAGCUGCAGAGCACUACUUCAACUACAAGAGAAAGGAGAACAAACAUGUGGUUUACUACCCAACUCUGAAGUCCAUCCAGCUACGUCUGUCAUUGGCCACAGAAUUGAAGACUGGAAUAUCCAUGUGGGAACUUGGACAAGGACUGGACUAUUUUUAUGACCUUUUAUAAUAGAGUCAACAAGGCUUGUAAUGCACAGCACUGAAGCUACACUCUCAUAGUUAUAAACGUUCAUAUGUAUAAACGUUCAGUCAAAAACUUAAUUGGGCAUGUAAAUAAAACCAUUUCCUACACAAAGA